UUUAUACAGUGAACAGUGUAGGCCAUUGAGGGAACCUCAUGAAAUUAAAUAAUCCAUACAUACUCUAAUCUAUCACACCUUCCUCUCUUUGUGGUGUGUAUAAAGAUCAAGACAAAUGAUUAUGAUUUGCACCAAAUAGCUCAAGAAUUGAAGAGAGAGAGAGAGAGGAGCACCAGAAACAUCCAAAAACCUAAAACCACACACACACCACAAAUUAAUGAAGAUGACAGGUUCAGGUACACCUUGUGGAGCCUGCAAAUUCUUGAGGAGAAAAUGCGUGAGAGGUUGUGUUUUUGCACCUUAUUUUUGCCAUGAACAAGGUGCUACUCAUUUUGCAGCCAUUCAUAAGGUCUUUGGUGCAAGCAAUGUCUCCAAGCUCCUUGCUCAUCUUCCUGUCGCCGAUCGCUGCGAAGCCGCCGUCACCAUCUCAUUCGAAGCUCAGGCAAGGCUUCAAGAUCCAAUCUAUGGCUGCGUCGCACAUAUUUUUGCCCUACAACAACAGGUGAUGAAUUUACAAGCACAGUUGGCUUAUUUAAGGGAACAAGCUGCAGAGAGUUGUAAUCUGAACCCUAAUAAUACUACUGCUCUUUACCCCAAUCACCAAGAUCUUGGAAAUUCGUUCCAGAUGGAAAAUUCCACCAUGGUUCCACAGUUUCUUUCUGAUAGUUCAUCUAAUUAUCCCUCAUCAGCAACACAACAAUACCAUGGGAAUACUCGUAGUAGUCUCAUCAUGAUGGAAUCAAACCCUAUUGAGAACUAUGAAAAUUCAAGCAUCUCCUUUGAUGAGACUUGUGACACGGUGUUCUUUGACAUGAAAAGACUGUGGCCCUCUCAACUUCAAUAAGUGGUCUUUGAUUACAUUAAGGAUUAUACUUUCAAUGGUGAAGAGCUUCAUGAAAGAUUAGUGCUAGGUGCAGGGGAAAGGACCACUUUAUCAAACUUUAAUUGCUUCUUUUUUGUUUUGUAGUUAGUAUAUUGUGAAGCAUGCAAUUCCCUCUGUUUCCAUAAAUAAGCUAAUUAGGAAACCUAAAAAUAUAUCAUUAGAGUGGAAACCACUCUAGCUAGUAUUGUAUUUGUUAAUCUAGUGCAAUAUAUUGAUGCUUAGCUU